UGGAUAUCAGACAGCUUCCUGUCAGUUAGACAGCUAGAGGAAUACAUGCUUCAGUUGCAUUGUGUUUGUGAUCCAUAAUGUACUCUGAUGUUUUACUCUUCUUUCUUCUAGUGGGAAUCUCAAAGGAAAAAGUUAAUGCAAAUCUACAAUAUGGGUGCCAGACUGAGUUUACUGAUACAUAUGCAUACAAAAAUUUUCAUCCAGUAGAUGAAAUAGCUACAUAUGCUAAUAAUGCUAUGAUUAUAAAUUUUUCUGUGAGAGCAUCAAGUGAUGCCCAUAUCCUUCUUUCUCCAACAUCAUCACUCACAUUUACUACUCCUGUAUAUGAGAUUGUUCUUGGAGCUGGACAGAACUCAUUUUCUGUAAUACGUGGAAAACAACGACGGAGGACGAUGAAUCACACAAGAACGCCAUCUAUUUUGUCUGCUACAGAAGAACGUGGCUUCUGGAUUCGUUUAACGAAUAGUCUAAUAGAAAUUGGAAAAGGAGGUGGAGAUGAAAGAAUUUUGUAUGCUGCAGAUCCUCUUCCUUUACAUGUUCAAUAUGUGUGCUUCAGUACAUGGUAUCAAGUUACUGGAAAGUGGAUAUAUGGCUGUCCUACCAACAGAGGAUAUCAACAAGAAGAAGAACAAUUGACUGUAACACAGAAACUGCGUAAGGACAUGUUGACAUAUUAUGAUCCAUAUUCACGACCCACUGUCACUGAAGAUCAAAUCACAACAGUAUACAUUGAUUUACAGUGUUUAAAUGUGAAACUGGAUGAGAAGAAAUCCAUAUUCACUGUGAAUGGGGUCAUGCGAAUGAAAUGGAAUGAUGAGAAAAUGAGGUGGAAUCCACUAGCGUACAACAAUGUUUCACUUCUGUAUUUCACAAAUCGAGAAAUAUGGCAACCAGAUAUUAUUCUUGUCAAUUCUGCUGGUCAUGGUUCAGGUCAAUUUGGAGAAACUCGAGUACUCGCAAAAUCAGAUGGUUCUGUAUCCUGGUUGUCUCCAGUUCAUUUAGAGUCUUGGUGCUCAUCAGAUCUGAAUAACUGGCCAAAAGAUCAACACACCUGUGAACUUACACUAACCUUUGCCUCUAAAAGUCAGUUGCUUCAGAUGAUGACUGACAAUAGUACAAUGGGUACUGAUCAGAGCACUGGGUCAGAGUGGAACAUAAUUUCACACACAGUUGAAUCUGCAUUGGUCUCCGUUCCUGGUUCAACUGAUCCAUUAUCUGGCAUCGUUAUUCAAAUUACAAUCAAACGAGAUAAUGAAUCAUACAAAACACUGUUUGUUGGGCCGUUCAUUGCUUGCAUUUUGAUGACAUUGGUGUCAUUUUGGCUUCCACCUGAUGGCCAAUACAGAAUUCUUUGUUCUUGUUGUGGUAUGAUCAUACUGUCAAAAUUUAUAAUUGAGUUUGGGAAUCUGUUGCCAACUCCAGCUUACAAUGUACCACCUAUUUUGUUUGCAUAUUGCUCAGGAUUAAUAGCAAUGGCUCUUUCGCUUUUUAUUUCCACUCUUGUCAUCUGCCUCACACGUUAUAAGUUUAGAUGUGCUCUGCCAAGGAAGGUGUGUUAUAUUCUGUCGAAUAAGUACUUGCACAGAAUUCUGUUCCUGCCACCAAUAAUGAAUACAGAAGACUACUCUUACGCAACUCUUGAUGAGUUAGGGUCAAACAACAAAGAAACUUCUCCAGAAGAAACAAAAAAUACAGAACAAAUUCAGCAAUACUGGACAAUCUUAGCCAUUGUAAUUGACCGUAUUUCCUGUUUUACCUAUGCUGUGUAUUUAAGCAUUUUACUUGCAACAAACAGUCCAUAGUACAUGUGUGUUUAUUUUGACAAGCAUGUCAUUAAGUGAUUCAAAUCUGUAGUGAAAUAUCAUUGACAUCUUAUUUUAUGAUGAUCCAGACAUGGCAUGUUAUAAAAAAGAUAACACAUAAUAUGACAACCAUAAUAUGUGUAAUGUUCUAAAUUAGAAAUUACUACUGAAGUAUGUAGAGUGGCAAAUAGAAAAAGUUAUUGUUUGUCCAGCAUGACACACACACACAAACACAACACACACACACACACACACACACACACGCCACUGAACUACGGAACACAAGAUUACAUUGGAAUAGAAAUUAAAAAGGAACAUGACAGAAAAGAUUAAAAAUCCUGAAAUCAGAAACACCUUAUACAUGACAUGUAAGUAUAAAUGGAAGGGGCAAGUAGAUGUAAUUGUAAAGCAAAAAAUUAAAUACAAAGAAAUUGGAAAA